GAGUAUUAUUAUGACGAUCAGACAGACAUGGAAACCGAGUUUUCUGUGGAUAUAUUCGAGCAAGCGGAUUCAGUGCGGUUCUGGGUGCAGGUGAACGUAGAGCGACAAUUACAAGUAGGAAGAUGGGAAUAUUUGUGGUUUUAUUAA